AUGCAGCCAGUGCGUGCAGAUCAGGUUGUUGUGGCUCCUACAGAUGCUUCACACGGAGAACGAGAUGUACUCAGUUACUUUCCAUUCAUUUGGUCUCUUCUCCUAGUCACUAUGUCAGUCUCCAUGGAACCAGACCCACACCCGUCCAUCGACUGGUCGCUGGUCUCAGCCUCGCCGGGCGCUAAUGGCACCGGGUGGGAGCGGGACGCCCUGCUGGCCCAAGCAGAGGUGCUGGUGCUGGCAGCCAUCUUGGUGAUGGCCUUGCUCAGCAAUGGGCUGGUGCUGGUGGUGCUGCUACGGAAACAACGACACAACAACCCGCUGCACCAGUGCAUGCUCAACCUCUGUUUGUCUGACCUUGUGGUGGCACUGUUCCAGGUGUUGCCUCAGUUGGUCUGGGACGCUAAUGGCCGCUUUCCUGGCCCUGACUUUCUGUGCCGCCUGGUGAAGUACCUGCAGGUGCUUGGGAUGUUCGCCUCCUCCUACAUGAUAGUGGCCAUGACAAUGGACCGCCACUACGCCAUUUGCUGCCCCCUGCAGGCACACCGCAGUGGUGCCACCCGACGCUGGAAUAGCUUCAUUCUGCUGGCCUGGGGCCUGUCGCUGCUGCUCAGCCUGCCACAGGUUUUCAUCUUCUCCCGCUCAGAAGUGGCUCCAGGAGUGCAUGAGUGUUGGGGUAACUUUGCAGAGUUGUGGGGCCUGAAAGCGUACGUGACCUGGAUGACGCUGGCUGUCUUCAUCCUCCCUGUCCUCAUCAUCACUGUCUGUCAGGUGCGAAUCUUCAAAGAAAUCCACAACAAUCUGUACCUGAAGUCCGAGCGCUGCCAGUCGCCCGCCUUGCACCCUACAUCCAGAGGGGGGGGCACUAACUGGGCGUCAGGUCCCUCGCUGUAUGUUUCUCCGCUCAUGUUGAAAGAUAACUCAAAGCCCAGAUCCACAGAUCAGCCCCUCCCCCUGGGUCCGCUCAGAUCCAACAGCAUGGACUCACCCGGUCCCACGGCUCCUCCUCCUGCUGAGCUCCAGCCUGAAGCGGGAGCGCCCUCUGCAGGUCGAGGUGGAGAAGUGUCAGCGGCCAUGUCGAAGACAGUGAGGAUGACGCUGGUCAUCGUCAUCGUCUACUCGCUCUGCUGGGCCCCGUUCUUCAUCGUGCAGCUGUGGGCCGCCUGGGACCCGGACCCCCCUCUGAACGAUGCAGCGUUCACCUUGCUCAUGUUGUUGGCCAGUCUCAACUCGUGCACCAACCCGUGGAUCUACGCAGCGUUCUCCAGCAGCGUGUCUCUGGAGGUCCGGCAGCUGUUGUUCUGUCACACUCAGCGUCGACGCUCUCUACCCAAUGACUCCACCGCUACACACAACUCCAACUACUGAGUCACACACUGCAAACAUCCUGUCAUAAAUACACAACACCUGGUGUACAAUACACAACUAGGAGAGUUUGACAUUUUGUGAAACCUACUGUAGCUGGUUUCUUGACACUGUGUCCGUGAAUACGAAAAACAUUAGUUAUUUCAAGAUGGAGAGAAAAGCGGCUAUGGCCAGGACAGUUAGCUUAGCAUGAAGUUAGCAUAAGGAAAGGAAAGGAAAAUAGUUGCCCUGAUGUUGUCCUUAAUGUAAAAAUCCAGCUCUUCUAACCCAUAUUGUAUCUUUAGUUUGUUCAAUGUAAAUAAAUUGGAAUAAAUGAAAAUAGUGGUGACACAAAUAUCUUUAGGCUGUUGAGGGGAAACCUCCGCAGCCUCACGGUAGUUUUUCCAAGAACGAGUCAGAAACAACACAUCACAUCUCCUCUAUGUCAGCACUGUUACAUUUUAAACAAUUGCUAAACUAACAGGGUAUUUAUCACUUAUAUCCCAAAAAUCGUCAGGCACAUAAUCACCUAAAAGACUCACAAUAAGUGCAUCAACCAUGAGGGAACAGACCCAGAACAACAAUAAUCAAGAAAGUACAAUUUAUCAGACAUAAUCUUCUUAACCGAGGUGUAGUCUGAAGAGAUGUGUCUUCAGUCUGGAGGAAGAUGUGUAGACUUUCUGUCCUGAUGUCCAUGUGGAGCUGGUUCCACGGUUCAGGAGCCAGGACAACAAACAGCCUUGAUUUUGUAUAUUGAUUUAUACAGAGUUGUCAAAGGUCCUAGUCAGAUCGUGGGUGGGAGGAGUCUUUCCCUGGAAGGAAAAGUAGCUCAGUCUUAUCAAGGUUGAUUUGUCAGGUGGUGUGCAGACAUCCACUGAGCGCUGUCAGUCAGACAGAGACUCCUGCUGCUACCUGUGUUUCAGAUUGUGGAAAAGAGAGGAUUAGUUGGGUGUCAUCAGCAUAGCUAUGGUAGGAAAAGCCAUGUGAGUGAAUGACAGAGCUGAGAGAGUUGGUGUACAGAGAGAAGAGGACGGGACCCAGGACAGAACCUUGAGGGACCCCGGUAGUGAGAGGACAAGGUUCAGACACAGAUCCUCUCCAAGUCACCCAGUAACUCUGGUCGUUGAGGUAGGAAGAGAGCAGGGAGAGAGCAGAGCCUGAGACACCCAGGUCCUGAAGGGAGGAAAUCAGGAUCUGCUGGUUCACUGGGUCAAAUGCAGCAGAGAGGUCUGGAAGGAUGAGGACAGAGGACAGAGGACAGAGGACAGAGAGGCUGAUCUAGAUGUGUGAAGCUGCUCAGAGACAAGGAGGACAGUCUCAGUUGAGUGGAACAGUUUUUCUACAGAACGAAACAAAUGUGAUAAGUUUUGCUUUAAAAACUGUUUAUUCUCUGAUUCAUCAGCCGUCUCAUCACGUCACACAUACAAAGAUAAAAACAUCUAACGCAAAUAAAAGAAAAAGUAAUUUUCCAGAAAGUUAACACAUUGAUUUCUUCUUAUUUAAAAAAAAUGUGCUGAGGCUAAGUACAGUACCAUUUAAAAAAAGAAAACUGCAAUAGUAAGACUACGUUAUUUUAUGUAAUGUAUGUGUUGAAGUCCUUCACUACUUUGUUCAGUCACACUUCUCAAAGGCAAAAUAAGUGAUUAACUAUGUCAAUUUUGAAAUGGAGUAAAUUAAAAUAUACCUCUCAUGUGAUAUGUGUCAGCAUAUUUCAGGUGGUCUACAAAUGACGACUUCCCUCCUGUAAGCACAUUGGUUUUAAAAAGGAAUACAUUUGGAAACUUAUUCUUAGAACAGCUUCAAAAUAAACAAAGGUACUUUACAGCGUGAACGUACUGUACAGUAUUUUCAAUGUCUUCAUUUCACACUUUGACUGAAACAUUUUCAGUGUAAAAAUCCUGCUCCACUAAAAAAAAAAAUCAUUAGAUCAUGAUUGUUUUCAGAUUAUAAAGAAUAACACCAUUCAUAUUCUAUGUGUUUCCAAGCUUCUGGAAUGAGAAUAUUACAUAAACAGUAAAGUGGGUUAUCUGGGUUGAAUUGGAAAUUUGUUUAUAUGAUAUUAUAUAUUGUAUAUCAAAUUUAAAAAAUGAAAUAACUUGACAAUGGAAAUUAUUAUCAGCUGCAGAGCCUAACUGGUUUCCAUGAUCAGUUAAUUGUUGAUCUUUUCAAUGAAUGUGUUGACAAUAAUAAAAAUGUAGGUAAAAAGUAAAAAUAAUGUUCCUUUCUUUAAAAGUAUUACAAAAUUCAUUCUAUAAUUUUUCAACAUUGUUCAAGACAAAUGUUUUUGAACUAUUAAACAUUUAAGUUUAGACCAAGUAAUGAAUUGUUUAAAACCUUCAUAAAUGUUUUUGUUUGUUCUGGCUGGUUCGGUUAGUCUAAGACGCUGCUCAAUAAAACUGAUCACUGCUCAAUAACCAUCGACUUCUCUAGGAUGAAUUUUAAGCCACAACAUUGCUCUGAUAUGAAGCACAGUUUAGACAUUAAUGUGUCGAGAGUGCAGUUUCUGAAACUGCUUGUGCACGUAGUCCACGUGCAACAGAGACAGAGAGAAAGAGACAUGAACAAGAGAUAGAAAGUGUGAGAACUGCAUUGAUGCCACUCACAGGUUCCUACACAGCUGCGGCUGGUACUCUGACAUCUGAUCGUCACACACACACACAGACACACACAGACACACACACACACACACACACACACACACACACACACACACACACACACACACACACACACACACACACACACACACACACACACACACACACACACACACACACACA